AUGGGAGGUAGUAACAUCAACUUAUUAAGCCCUCCCGAGCAAUUUGGGAUUGUAGAGCCAGGAAUCUAUCGAUCAGACAUGCUACAACAGCCUCACUUUUCAUAUCUAAAGCAGUUUGGCUUCAAGACACUUGUCAUGCUCAGUCCAGAACUACCAAACAGAGUAACAACCAAUUUCAUUGAAGAGGGUGAUAUCAAGCUUGUACAUGUUGGUAUGGCAACAUGGAAGCCAACACAACCAUCGACUUGGAGACCUGUUUCUGAGGAGCUCAUCAAAGAAGGAUUGGAGUUGAUUUUGGAUGUCGAAACACAUCCCAUCUUGAUCAUGUGCACAUCAGGCAUUCAUGAGACGGGUACACUGGUAGGAUGUUUGCGAAAGCUGGAGGGCUGGAAUUUCAGCUCCAUUGUCACCGAGUAUCGAUCUUAUGCAGGCACAAAAGCACGCUAUGUCAAUGAGCAGUUUAUAGAGUUGUUUGAUUUGGAUUUAGUGACGCUGCCUCUCCAUUUACCUGCAUGGUUCAUAGAUCAACAGAAAAUGCUAGCUGAUGAAGAAGCAGAGGAGGCUUCAAGGCAGAAAUCACAGUAA